AUGGGUUUUCGCAUGAAAGUGCGAGGACGUCCUGUGAUUUCGUCGACUUCUUAUGUGGAUUUUCCAGCAACGCCAUGGAACUAUGGAUCCGGGCAUGUAAAUCCCACAGCAGCACUAGGUCCUGGAUUGGUAUAUGAAUUUGACUCCAAUGACAUGGUCGACUUCUUAUGUGCUACUGCUGGCGCCAACCCAACCAAAAUUGAAAUGCUUACUGGAACUGAAAUCACUUGUUCAGACCCUGUAAUUGCGGUUUACAAUUUAAACUAUCCUUCAAUUGGCGUAGCCCAUAUGAAAGGAGAAGUAUCAGCUAUAAGAACAGUGACAUAUGUUGGCCGUGGCACAGCAACUUUUAAAGCUUUUACUCGGGACGCGCCUGGUGUUAAAGUCUCAGUGAAACCAAAUGUGCUAAGGUUCAAAAAACCUGGCGAAAGACAGUCAUUCCGGGUUCAUUUCAUGCCUUCCAAAACUACGAACAAUACUUAUAUUAUCGGGUCCUUAAGUUGGAUAAGUGGCUUAUACCAAGUUAGAAGUCCCAUUGCAGUGAAUGUAGAUUCAAUGUAG